AUGGCAAAGUCAACGCAGUCCAACCUGCCCCUGGUCACCCUCUGUCUGCUGGGAACAGUACUAGUGUGUGGAGCUACAAGAAAUCCAGCACCAUCAGCAGCACCAUCAGCAGCACCAUCAACAGCACCACCAACAGCACCAGCGUCCACCACUCCACCUGAAUCCCCUUCAACCAACGGCACCACGGCUGAACAGACCACCCACUCAAAUGUCACCGUCAGUGGAACCACAACUGAGACCGCCAACGGAACCCACCCCAACGCCACCUCAGAUCCUCUAACUGAAGAUCCGGGCCUUUCACCGGGCGCCAUCGCUGGCAUUACCAUCGGCUCCAUGGCAGGGGUGGCAGCUGUGGGUGAGUAG